AAAGUUACGCCUCCGCCAUCAAAAACAUCUCCAAAACCCCACUCCGCAAUGAGACCCGCAGCAGCCACCGCCGCCGCGCUUCGCCUCCGCGCCGCCGCUUCCCUAUCCCCUCCCUCCUCCGCCGCCGCCUCCCGCAUCCUCCCUCCCCGCCGUGUCGCGCUCCUCCUCCCCCUGCGCUGCCUCCGCUCCCCCGCCGCUCCCCACGCCGCCGGCUCCCAGCCACCGCCGCGGCCCUCGCCCGUCAUGGACGCGCAGUUCGAGUCCUUCCGCGCGCAGCUCAACGAAUCCUCCACCCUGCGCGACCGCAUCCGCGCCGUGGUCUCAGAGGUCGAGUCCGCCUCCCGCGUCGCCACCGCCGCCCUCCUCCUCGUCCACCAGCCCGUCCCCCUCGCAGAUGUCCUCGGGAAGGCGAAGGCGCAGGUGGAGGUGAUCAAGGGGCUGUACGCGCAACUCGCGGAGAUCCUCAAGGAGUGCCCCGGCCAGUACUACAGGUACCACGGUGAUUGGAGAAGCGAGACCCAGGCGGUGGUGUCGAUGCUCGCCUUCACGCACUGGCUCGAGACCAACGGCCUUCUCAUGCACGCUGAGGCCCAGGAGAAGCUAGGGUUGAGCUCUGAGGAGUUUAGCCUUGAUGUUGAAGACUACCUGACAGGACUGUGCUUCAUGUCCAAUGAAUUUCCUAGAUUUGUGGUAAAUCGGGUCACAGCUGGAGACUACGACUGCCCAAGAAAGGUGUUGAGCUUCCUGACUGAUCUCCACGCUUCAUUUAGGAUGUUGAACCUGCGCAAUGACUUCUUGCGGAAGAAAUUUGAUGGGAUGAAGUAUGAUUUGAGGAGGGUAGAGGAGGUCUAUUAUGACGUUAAGAUCCGAGGACUUGUACCUUCAGAGUCCAAACAUGAGGCUUCUUGAUUAGGCGUAGAGGACUUGCAAUGUGUCCCGGUUAAAAUGUCAAAUUCUUGUUGAAGUAACAUCGAGACUAUUAUUACUUUUAGGGUACUUUCUUAUUGUUAUUACUAUCUUGAAGAGGUUUUGGAAAGUAUUUCUUGAAUGAAAACGGUUGAUCUUAAUGUUAAAAAUUGCAUUAAAAAAGUUGCA